ACGCACACACGAUCGCAUCCCCCCGCAAAAGCAAUCCGCCGAUUAAACUAACCCAAAAAAAAAAGAAAAAAAACUACUCCUCCUCCUCGCCCAACCCCGCAAAAGCAGCGGCGACCUCGCGAAGCCAAGCCACCACCACUUCUUCCUUCGCUCGCUCGCGUAUUUUCUUUUGCUUUUUUGUGUGCUCAUUUCCUCGCCGUAAAGAAGCGAGGAGGAGGAAGCGUAGCUUGAGAGGCUGGAGAGAUCGAUCGAGAGAGCUUAGCAACAGCAGCAAAGUGAUUGGAGUUGAGCUUGUCCGUCUUGAAAAGUCGCUGAUCUUUUCUUGUUUACUUUCUUCUUUUUAUUUCUUUCUUGUGUUGCUGAAUUGAGGUUGUGUGGGCGGCCAUGGCGAGGAGGCGGAGAUAGGAGGUGGGUGGUUGUUGUUGUUGUUUGAUUUGGUGGGUUGAGGUGGGAGAAUUGGAGUUUUGUUGGAGAAGAGAGGAGAGAAGGGGAUGUACGGCUCGCCGGUUUCCAAGGAUCUGAACCUCCCGGUGCAGCCGCCGGCGAUGAGCUCGUCGGGCUUGCUGCGGUACAGAUCGGCGCCGAGCACGCUGCUCGCCGAGUUCUGCGACGACUUCCUCCCGCCCGCCGCCGCGCCCCGCGCCGCCAGCCCCGACGCCGACAACGUCUUCUCCCGCUUCCUCGCCGACCACCAGAUCCGUGACAAGUCUCCCCCCGCCACCGCCGCCGCCGCCGCCGCUGCCGCUCACUUCCCCGACGACCCCACCAUGGCCACCCAGCACCACCACCAGCAGCAGAUGAUGUUCCAGCACCACCCGCAGCAGAUGGCCUCUGUCGAGGGGCUCUACCGCACCGUCAGCUCCACCGGGAUUGACGCCGCCACCGCCGCCGCCAACGCCGCCGGUGGCGGCGGCGGCGGGCUGCUCCGGCAGAGUAGCUCGCCCGCCGGAUUCCUCAAUCAUUUGAACAUGGACAACGGGUACGGGAGCAUGCUGCGGGCGGGCAUGGCGGCAGCCGGCGGUGGGGUGGGGUUCAGGAACGGCGCGAACGCCGCCGCCGCGGCCGACUCCCCCGGCGGCAGCGGGGGCAGGCUGAAGGGGCAGCUCAGCUUCUCGUCGCGGCAGGGCUCGCUCAUGUCGCAGAUCUCGGAGAUGGACAGCGAGGAGCUCGGUGGGAGCAGCCCCGAGGGCGCCGGUGGCGGCGGCGGCGGCGGUGGCCGGGGUUACCUCUCCGGGUACCCGAUGAGCUCCGGGUGGGAGGAGUCGUCGCUCAUGUCGGACACGAACAUCUCCGGCGUGAAGCGCCAGCGCGACUCGUCGGAGCCGUCCCAGAACGGCGGCGGCGGCGGCGGCCUGGCGCACCAGUUCAGCCUGCCGAAGACCUCGUCGGAGAUGGCGGCCAUCGAGAAGUUCCUCCAGUUCCAGGACGCGGUGCCCUGCAAGAUCCGCGCCAAGCGCGGCUGCGCCACGCACCCGCGCAGCAUCGCCGAGCGGGUGAGGAGGACAAGGAUCAGCGAGCGAAUCAGGAAGCUGCAAGAACUCGUGCCAAACAUGGACAAGCAAACCAACACUGCUGACAUGCUGGAUUUGGCUGUUGACUACAUCAAGGAUCUUCAGAAGCAGGUCAAGGGAUUAAACGACAGCCGAGCUAACUGCACCUGCUCAGCGAAGCAUCAGCAGUACUCUGGCUAGAAAGCUUUGUACAAGUCAUGGAGACUUCAGAAAAGAACACAAGAUUGUUUUGGAGAUUAGGCAGGACUGAGACGAUCUCUGAAGAUGUGUAAUGGUUAAUUUCAUUUGUUUGGGGGGGUUUAAUUAGAGAGGCACAUGGAAGAAAAGGCUCUUGUGUGCCAAAGCACUGUAUAAGCAAAGGGCAAUGGAGCAGUGGCAUCAUCAGGAUUCAAGUGAUAAAAAGAAAAAGGAAAAACAAGGGAGAAAAAGGGUGGGAGAUGGGUGAAACAAUUGUAUAGUUUUCUUGUAACUUUUGCCAUAUAUACCCCUGCAUGCCCCAUGUCCAGUGCAUUUUCGAUAGAAAUUUAUUACUGCUAGUAGUUUGUAGGUUAGUAGUCUCAUUUAACACCAUGGCUCUCGCCGACCUGCUCAUCUCACUAAUAAAUAUUAUUGCAGUGGCUUUGCCCCUUGCUUUUUUGCGGUCAAGUUGUUGCAAGGAGUAUAUGAUCAUCAUCAAGUGGUGAAAGCCAUUUUUUCA